AUGGCUUCAAUUUCUAGUUUCGGAAUAGCCUUUGUAUUAUGCCUUAUUCUUAGGUACAGUAGUGCAGAGGAGAAGCUCUUCAAUGUCCAAUCCUAUGGUGCUAAAGCAGAUGGAAAGACAGAUAAUAGUAAGGCAUUCUUGAGUACUUGGAAGGAUGCAUGCCAAUGGAAUGGAACAUCCAAAUUCUUGAUACCUUCAGGGGAAUAUAUGGUAUAUGCUGCAAUUUUUAUUGGACCAUGCAGUGGAUCCAUGACCUUCCAAAUCCAAGGGGUUGUUAAAGCUCCAACAGAUCCUUCUCUAUUCUGCAAUUCGACUUGGAUUUCCUUUCAAUAUGUAAAUGGCUUAGAGAUUGAAGGAGGCGGAACUUUAGAUGGACAAGGGGCUUCAGCUUGGCCUUAUUUUGAUACUUCCAAGAAUUCUAACUGCCCAACCCUUCCUGUUCAUAUCGAUAAUUUGAUUAAAUCUAGUCUCGCCGUAAAAGUGCAUUUACGAUAUUACUCAAUCAUAGAGACACUGAAAUUAGAUUUUAUCAAAAAUGCGGUGGUGCACGACAUACAUUCAAUCAAUAGCAAGAGUUUCCAUUUCGACCUCUUUAAGUGUAAUAACGUGACAUUUAGUCAUGUUAACCUAACCGCACCAGGCGACAGCCCUAACACCGACGGCAUUCACAUGGGCGUCUCCACCAAUAUCCAAGUUUUGGAUUCCAACAUUGGCACCGGAGACGAUUGUAUAUCUAUGAUCAACGGCAGCCAAAGCAUCAACAUUUCAGGGAUCACUUGUGGCCCUGGCCAUGGAAUAAGCAUCGGAAGCUUAGGGAAGACACAAAAUGAAGUCGUCACAGACAUACAUGUCAAAAAUUGCACUCUCAUUUCUACUCAAAAUGGCGCCAGGAUUAAGACUUGGGCACCAUCGGAGUCUGGUAGUGCCACAAGUAUAAAUUUUGAGGAUAUUUUCAUGGAUAAUGUUAGAAAUCCUAUCAUUAUUGAUCAGCACUAUUGUCCAUCGCCUCCUUGCAGCAGUGAGGCGAGCUCAGUGCAAAUCAAGGACGUGACAUUCAAUAACAUAAGAGGAACUUCAAGUUCAGUGGAAGCUGUUACUUUGAAUUGCAGUGCUUCAUUUCCUUGCCAAGGAAUCAACCUUACUGAAAUCAAUUUGGUAUACAAUGGCGCUGGUGGACCCGCUAUCUCGUCAUGUGAUAAUGCCCAAGGGACUGCCACCGGCAUGGAGUUGCCUCCAAGUUGUUUAAAAUCGUCUCUUGAUUCAUGA